GCAUACCCUUCUCUCUUCCGAAGGAACUAGCUCAAAUAGGAGGGACGCAGAGUAAGCCGGAUCCUGUAGCCAUAGGAGAGAUGGAGCACGAGAUCGCUAGGAGAAGGAUAAGCCGGAUCCUGGACCACGUGGCCGGACCCGGUGAGGUGUCGCCGCCCAAUCCCCACCUCUUUCCCAUGAAUUGCAGUAGCACUCUCAGCACUAUAAUACCACGGUGUGAUAAUAGAUUGCUUUUUGCACGCCAAGGGUCUGUCUCUCAAGGUUAUUUCAUGCAACAAGUUUCUACCAGACAGAAUUUUGGGCCUGGUAUUUCUUCUCAGCAGAAUUCCUGUCCUGCCAAGGGAGAAUCUUCUUGCCAGCCUUUCAGAAAGCCGAUGUUCUCUAGACCGGUUCAGACAGAAUCCACCUUAUCGAUAUCAAGAGAUAAUUAUUCUGUGAAACAAGAUUUGACGCUAUCUUCUAAUGACCAUCCCAAAUUUGCGAGACCAGGUAGUGGAAAGAUUAAGAAACCGCAGCUUUUAUGCAGCAGGACAAGACAAACUUCUAUUUCUAAUGGGAUGGAGUGGUCACCUCGAAUGGAUGUUGCAGAGUCGGGGGCAAAUUAUGUUGUGACGGUCGAGCUUCCAGGUGUCAACCUCAUUGACAUGGGAGUGGAGGUGGAUAACCAAAGCCUGACCAUAAUAGGUAAACGGUCAACUCAGCAGCAUAGAAUGCCCAAUUGUGCUGGAAACUCAAACCCUGUUUAUCACCAGAGGGAGAUCUUGCAGGGGCCAUUCCGAGUCGUUUGGCCUCUUCCAAUUGAUGUGAACAAGGAUAGUGUCUCAGCUGAAUUUGUGGAUGGCUUUCUGCAAAUCACUCUCCCAAGACUCUGUGAAAGAUGAAGAACCAGUAUGCACAUGUGCACUGGCAAGAUCAAUGUAAGGACAGUAUAUUGUGUUCUUAUGUCCUUUCAAAAGCUUUUGGUAUGAGGGUUCAGAAACCAAGAAAAGGAAAUAUACAGGAUGGAAAUAAAAGCAUCAGGUGCAGUCACAUGGCUAUGGUGGUUGCUGCUUUAAUCAGAGAGCAUCAAUUGAAAAAUCCAAUUCUUUUGCCAUGAACUGCAUGACUUGCUCAAUGGUAAUUAUGGCUCUGUAACUAGGAGGAUAUAAAAAGGUUAUAAGUAAUAUAAAUCCCUGCUUCCAAGUGAGACAUGUUUCUGUUAUUCUAAAACUAGCUCGUCAUUAAUCCAAAAUCAGAUAAUUUUUGAA